AUGGGCGGGGCUCUGGGUUCCGCCUGGGGCCCGGGUUUUCCUGGCUUCAGAGGCAGGUACCUGGCCAUCCCCGCACACCCUACCCGCGAUUCCGCAGCCUCGCGCAGCUCUCGUCGCAAUGGACCCGGCUCUGGCCGCGCAGAUAACCGAGGCGGUAGCGGAGAAGAUGCUCCAGUACCGGCAAGACAAGUCAGGCUGGAAGAUUUGCCGGGAAGGCAAUGGAGUUUCAGUUUCCUGGAGGCCAUCUGUGGAGUUUCCAGGGAACCUGUACCGAGGAGAAGGCAUUGUGAAUGGGACUCUAGAGCAGGUGUGGGACUGCAUAAAGCCACUUGCUGGGACCCUACGAGAUAAGUGGGAUGAGAAUGUGGCCGGUUUUGAAAUUAUCGAAAGCAUCACUGAUACACUGUGUGUCAGCAGAACCACCACCCCGUCAGCCGCCAUGAAGCUCAUUUCUCCCCGGGACUUUGUGGACCUGGUGCUGGUCAGGAAGUAUGAGGACGGGACCAUCAGUUCCAAUGCUACCAAUGUGGAGCAUCCGUUAUGUCCCCCGAAGCCAGGUUAUGUGAGGGGAUUUAACCAUCCUUGUGGCUGCUUCUGUGCACCUUUGCCCGGGGAGCCCGGCAAGACCAGCCUGGUCACAUUCUUCCAGACCGACCUCAGCGGUUACCUCCCACAGGGCGUGGUGGACUCCUUCUUCCCCCGCAGCAUGGCCGGGUUUUACGCCAACCUGCAGAAAGCAGUGAAGAAAUUCUAUGGCUGACAGCUGGCUGGUUGGCCGGCCAAGAACUCCUGUGACUCAGGCGGACCUGAAGUUGUCGGGACGCCUCCAGGGAACCAGGCCGGUGGACAGUUCAUCUCCAGGGACAUCAGCCAGGGGCAGCCCGGCCCCUUGGCUCCUCCUUCCACUUGGGGGGGGCGGGAUUGGUGGGGGAGGAGUCACUCCUUGCUGGCCACGCCCCCUGUUAGCCACACACUCCUCCCCCACAGGGUGGACCAGGAUGCUGGCUUCUGGACAGGGACUCAGCUGGGCACUUGGGCCUCUCUGUGCCGGUCUCUCUCAGACCACGUUUCCCUGUUUGUGGAAAAGAAUCACCAUCCAGACCGAGAGCGCUCUUGUCUGUGCCACAGAUCCCCGGGCGCUCACUCCUGAUGGCACUGUGCCAGAUUUUCCCCCUUAUAAAUGUGUCCACUUGGAAAGUGAUGUUUAAAAUAUGAGAGAAGCAUUUGCGAAAAGCA